AUGAGGACAUUCUUGGUACUCGCAAUCGUCUACUUGCUGGCCAAGAUCGUCGAUUGCCGAGCUGUUGAAAAUGACACUGAUAAAAAUGAGCGCGGUAAACGACGACACAAGUUUUCUGUCGAGGAAUUAUUCAACACCAAGUUUCCGCACAUUAUUACUGGAGAUUUAGACACUGAUAUUUGCAAAGCAGGUGGUUUUCUCGGUGAUAUUGCACUGCCAAAUAUCAAAUACGACACAGAAUGGCGCGAGCAAAAAUUAAAUAAAAGUUACUUGGAAGAAUUGAAAAAAUAUAGAGAAGAGAUAUUAAAAGAAGGUCUACAGGUGGAAGAGGAAGGUUUGACAGAGAUUCUCCAGUUUAAGAGCGAACACGAUGCUAACAAACAAAUGUUUCAUGAGCACGAUGAAAUGGACGUCCAAGAGAAGCCAGAGCCUAUCAUGAUAAAUCGAAACCAAUAUAAUACGGGUGAUGAACCCGAUAAUUUCAGCUUUGCUGUUAGAAACGAUGAUAUUAAUCCUAUAGUAAAAGACGAAAGUUUUAGAUUCAGAUUGGAAUCCUCGACCCAAGUUUCGAAGAAAAGGCACUCUGGACGACAAGCUCAUCGACAGCUCUCCAGGAGGACUUGGAUAUCGAAAUCAAUGAAAGCCAGACAAUCGAAUGACGACGUGCCACUCGAAUUUUCAACCACUACAACUUUAACUCUCGGGGAUAAUAAAUAUGUAGGCCACAUACAUACAGAUGGCGUCAAAGAAAUAUCCUCGUUAUCUGAAACGAGUACGCAAAAUGUAUCAUCAAAUCGACGACGUCGUCAUCAUCGCAAAAAAAUUUUACGGAGAUGUUCUCACAAUCAAUGUAAUCGACGAAUGCAUGGCCUUAUUGUCGAUGCGUCAGAUGAAAUUGUUUCCAUACAUGAUCGACGCCUUCGCUCCAUCGAAUUCUUCGAUAUAGAACACAAACAAAAAUAUUUAGCCAAUAAAAGCGGCGCGUAUUUAAGCAGAAUACGUCGAGCAGCUACUGCGAGAAAGGAACGAGUGUGGGAUCACGGUGUGAUUCCCUAUGAGAUCGAUGGCAAUUUUUCCGGCGCACACAAAGCCUUAUUCAAGCAGGCGAUGAGACACUGGGAAAACUUCACUUGCGUGAAAUUUGUAGAGAGAGUGCCUAGAGAGCAUCCUAAUUAUAUUUUGUUUACGGAAAGACCUUGCGGAUGUUGUUCUUUCGUUGGAAAGAGAGGUAACGGACCGCAGGCUAUUAGCAUUGGAAAAAACUGCGAUAAGUUUGGUAUAGUUGUACAUGAGUUGGGUCACGUUGUUGGAUUUUGGCAUGAACAUACUCGACCGGACCGUGAUCGUCAUGUACAAAUCAUCCGCGAUAAUAUUAUGAGUGGUCAAGAAUAUAAUUUCAAUAAAUUGACUGAGGAAGAAGUGAAUUCACUCGGUUUGCCUUAUGAUUAUGAUUCUAUUAUGCACUAUGCAAAAAAUACCUUUUCAAAAGGCACUUAUCUGGACACAAUUUUACCUAUGGAAAUUCAUGGAAAGAAGAGACCCGAGAUCGGACAAAGAAUCAGACUGAGCGAGGGCGAUAUCGCACAAACGAACCUUUUGUACAAGUGUCACAAAUGCGGUAGAACUUUUCAAGAGAACAGUGGUAGUUUCGGAUCACCAAAUCAUCCGAAUAAUUCUCCGUCUGGUGAUGGAGAACGGUGCGAAUGGAGGAUUACGGCGACGCAUGGCGAACGUAUUGUACUAAAUAUCACGUCUCUCGACAUAUUCAAAAGUGAUUAUUGUCGUAGUGAUUAUCUUGAGAUUCGAGAUGGGUACUGGUAUAAAAGCCGAGUAUUAGGUCGAUAUUGCGGUAGCGGUAAGAUGCACGAACCAAUAGUGUCGAGUGGAAGUCGUAUGCUGGUAACGUACGUAACGUCCACUAGGCAAAGUGGCCACCGUGGUUUUACGGCGAAUUAUGAGGCUGUUUGCGGUGGUGAUGUUGAAUUAGAUGGCGUAGGACAUCUGGAAUCACCAAAUUAUCCAGAGGAAUAUCAAUCCAGCAAAGAGUGCGUGUGGAAGUUAUCUGUACCUCAAGAUUAUCAAGUGGCCUUGAAAUUCCAGUCUUUCGAGAUCGAGAAUCAUGACAAUUGCGUGUACGACUAUGUUGAAGUGCGUGACGGACAUAACAACGAUUCUCCCUUAAUCGGCGUUUAUUGCGGAUACAAGAUACCACCAGAUAUUAAGUCGACGGGAAACAAGCUACUCGUUAAGUUUGUCAGCGAUGGUUCUGUUCAAAAGGCCGGUUUCUCAGCUACUUUUAUGAAAGAAUUCGAUGAAUGCGUGUUAACGGAUCACGGUUGUGAACAUGAUUGCAUCAAUACACUUGGUGGAUAUGAAUGUUCUUGUAAAAUUGGUUUCGAGUUACAUUCUGACGGCAAACAUUGCGAAGAUGCUUGUGGUGGAUUUUUCGAUGAUAGUAAUGGCACUAUUACAAGUCCAUCCUUUCCCGAAACUUAUCCAGGAAACAAAAACUGUGUCUGGGAAAUUAUCGCUCCGCCUCAAUAUCGUAUCACUCUAAACUUUACACAUUUUGAUCUCGAAGGUAACAAUGUAUACCAGGAAGAAUGCGAGUACGACUCUGUAGAAGUGGCGAGUAAACUUGGAGACGACGUUCUUAGAAAACAUGGGAUAUUUUGUGGUGCACGAUUACCGCCACUUAUCACAUCCGAAGGCAACUUUAUGAGGAUUACUUUCACAUCUGAUAACAGCGUCCAAAAAUCAGGCUUUGCUGCCGUAUUUUUCACUGAUAUGGAUGAGUGUGCCAAUAACAACGGUGGAUGUCAGCACGAGUGCAAAAAUACGAUAGGUUCUUAUCAGUGUUCUUGCCACAAUGGAUUCACACUUCAUGAAAAUGGUCACGAUUGUAAAGAGGGUGGCUGCAAAUACGAGAUUACUACGCCCAUGGGAACAAUCACCUCACCAAAUUAUCCGGAUUAUUAUCCUGGACGUAAAGAUUGCGUUUGGCAUUUUACUACGAAACCAGGCCAUCGAAUAAAAUUGGUCUUUAAAGUUUUCGAGAUGGAACCGCAUCAAGAAUGUGCGUAUGAUCAUAUUGCUAUUUAUGACGGAGAUUCACCCGACAGCAUAACCUUAGGUAGAUUUUGCGGUAAUAAAGAACCACAUCCGAUUCUCGCUACGAGCAAUCAAAUGUAUAUGGUUUUCAAGAGCGAUGCUUCCGUACAGAGGAAAGGUUUCUUAGCCACUCAUAGUACAGCCUGCGGUGGUCAUCUUAUGGCAACCGACAGAGUGAAGCACUUAUAUUCUCACGCCAAAUAUGGUUAUUAUCAAUAUGAUCACAGAACUGACUGUGACUGGAUAAUAGAAGCGCCACUAGGUAAAAAUGUUCAUUUAUCUUUUCUUUCGUUCCAAUUGGAAUAUGAAGCCGAAUGUGGAUAUGACUUUGUUGAAGUUUUCUCCGGUUUAGACGCGUCUAGUCCACCGUAUGGUCGAUUUUGUGGUAAUUCCAAUACUACUGAUUUUAUUUCCAUGAACGAGGCACUGCUAGUAAGAUUCAAAACCGACGAUACAAUUUCAAACAAAGGCUUCGUAGCUAUUUUUGUGGCAAUUGAUCGGCAGGAUAGCGAGGAAAAUCUCGGUGGUGAAGACAACGAAGAUCAGGAAAACAUAUGAUCUUUUGC